ACCGCAUCAUCAUAUUCAACAGCGAUCCGAUUCCCAAACCCUAGUUCAGGAAACCCUAGUUGAUCAAAAUGCCAUCAUCUGAAGAAGAGCCCCUGCUCGCUCCCAACCCGGACCGGUUCUGCAUGUUCCCUAUCCAAUACCCCCAAAUCUGGGAAAUGUACAAGAAAGCCGAGGCUUCCUUCUGGACCGCCGAAGAAGUCGAUUUAUCGCAAGACACUGCUCAUUUCCAAACCCUAACUCCCAACGAGAAACACUUCGUCACUCACGUGCUCGCUUUCUUCGCCGCUUCUGACGGCAUCGUGCUCGAGAAUCUCGCCGGCAGGUUCAUGAAGGAGGUCCAGGUGGCGGAGGCUAGGGCGUUCUACGGCUUCCAGAUCGCGAUCGAGAAUAUACAUUCGGAGAUGUAUAGUUUGCUUCUUGAGACGUAUGUGAAGGAUUCGUGUGAGAAGAGUAGGUUGUUUAGGGCGAUUGAGACGAUUCCGUGUGUCGAGAGGAAGGCGAAUUGGGCGCUGAGGUGGAUUGAUGGAGGGGAGUGUUUCGCGGAGAGGAUUGUGGCGUUUGCUUGUGUGGAAGGGAUUUUUUUCUCGGGGAGUUUUUGCGCGGUGUUUUGGUUGAAGAAGAGAGGGCUGAUGCCUGGAUUGACCUACUCGAAUGAGCUGAUUUCGCGAGAUGAGGGAUUGCAUUGUGACUUUGCGUGUUUGUUGUAUGAUUUAUUGAGGGUGAAGCCGAGUGAGGAGAGGGUUAAGGGGAUUGUGGCGGAUGCAGUUGAGAUAGAGAGGGAGUUUGUUUGUGAUGCGUUACCGUGUGCUUUGGUUGGGAUGAAUGGGGACUUGAUGAGUCAGUAUAUUAGGUUUGUGGCGGAUAGGUUGUUGGUUGCGUUGGGGUAUGGGAAGAUGUAUGAUGUGCAGAAUCCGUUUGAUUGGAUGGAGUUGAUUUCGUUGCAGGGGAAGACUAAUUUCUUUGAGAAGAGGGUUGGGGAGUAUCAGAAGGCGUCUGUGAUGAAUAGUGUUAAUGGCAAUGCGGAUAGCCAUGUGUUUAAAUUAGACGAGGAUUUCUGAAAUAUUAUUGUUAUUGGUAGUUUAAUUUAUUAAUAAUGUGUUUUACAUGAACAAUGUUUGUAUCUGGUGUUA